UAACGAGCGACUGGAGAACUACCAGAUGAGACAUUUCACCAAGGUGUUGUUGAAUCCCCCUGGCCUUGGGACUCGCUGUAUGGCAGGAACCCCUCUACAAAACCUGCCCUGUGAGAACGAGACAUUGGGCUGGGAGACACCUGCGGUUUCUUCAAUAGCAAAUAACAUCCUGCAGAGCCCUGAGUGGCACCCGCUAAACCCCUCCCCUUCCUGCCAGUGCAGCACCAAUAAGAAGCUGACUAUGUUACCCAUCUGUCCAAUCGGAGCUGGGGGGCUACCCCCUAUGCAGAGGAAAGAGGCUACGGGAGAUAUACUACUGGACCUGACUGAUAGAAACAUUACAGACUACCUGGUUAAAACCUACCCCAGCCUCAUCAGACAAAGUUUGAAGAGCAAAUACUGGGUGAAUGAACAAAGGUAUGGAGGCCUGUCUGUUGGAGGUCAGCUGCCCAUACUGGAAGUCAGCCCUAAACAGAUCCAGGAUACCCUCUCUCAACUGAUGAAGAUGCUCAACGUUACUGGGGGUCCCUACACAAAGCUGUCGCUGCAGGAGAUUGGACCUUUCCUCAGAUACAUGGAAAGUGAAUACAAUGUCAAAGUCUGGUACAACAACAAAGGCUGGCACGCCAUGGUGGCCUUCAUGAAUGUGGCCAACAACGCCAUUCUGAGGGCCCACCUGCCUCGUAACGUUGACCCCAUGCAGUACGGCAUCACAGCCAUCAACCACCCCCUCAACCUCACCAAGGAACAGCUGUCUGAAGUCACUGUGUUGAAGACAUCAGUAGACGCAGUGACAGCUAUCUGUGUGAUCUUUGCCAUGUCCUUCAUCCCAGCCUCGUUUGUCCUCUACCUGAUCCAGGAGAGAGUAACCAAGGCUAAACACCUCCAGUUCGUCAGCGGGGUCAGCCCCCUUGUCUACUGGUUAGCCAACUUCUUCUGGGAUAUGAUGAACUACUCUCUCAGUACAGCCAUGGUGGUGGGGAUCUUUGUGGUCUUCGACAAGAAGUGUUACACCUCACCCACCAACCUGCCAGCCCUCGUUCUCCUGCUCUUCUUGUAUGGGUGGUCAGUAACCCCCAUGAUGUACCCCAUGUCAUACAUCUUUAACAUCCCCAGUACAGCCUACGUCUCUCUGUCCUGCAUCAACCUGUUCAUCGGCAUCAACAGCAGCGCCCUCACCUUCAUAUUGGAACUGUUCGAGAACAACCGGGCCUUGUUAGAGUUCAAUGAGUGGCUGAAGAAAGGCCUCCUGGUGUUCCCUCACUUCUGUCUGGGCCGGGGGCUGAUUGACAUGGCUAUGAACCAGGCGGUGACUGAUGUCUAUGCACACUUUGGUGAGGACCGUGCCAUGGAUCCGUUCAAAUGGGACUUUGUAGGGAAGAACCUGGUCUUCAUGGCUAUAGAAGGAUGUGUCUAUUUCCUCUUCACUAUCCUCAUACAGUACCGCUUCUUCCUCGACCACUGGUUAUCAGACUUCCGAGGGCCCCCGCCUAAAGACGAGGAUGAGGACGUGGCGGUGGAGAGAGAGAGGAUCUAUAACGGCGGGAACAAGAGUGACAUCCUACAGAUCAGAGACCUCUGCAAGACGUACUCUGGGAAGACGAGACAAGCGGUGGACAGGAUCUGUGUGGGCGUGCCUGCAGGAGAGUGUUUUGGUCUGUUAGGAGUGAACGGAGCUGGGAAAACCACCACUUUCAAGAUGUUGACUGGAGACACAGACGUUAGUUCUGGAGAGGCCACUGUCGCUGGAUACAGUAUCCUGUCAGACAUGCUGGACGUGCACCAGAACAUGGGCUACUGCCCUCAGUUUGACGCUAUAGACGACCUGCUGACAGGCAGGGAACAUCUGUACCUCUACGCUCGCCUCCGAGGGGUCCCUGAGUCAGACAUCAGUAGAGUGGCAGAUUGGGGCAUCCAGAAGCUUGGCCUAUCAGAGUACGCUGGUCGCUGUGCAGGGACAUACAGCGGAGGCAACAAGAGGAAACUCUCCACAGCCAUCGCUAUGAUUGGUUGCCCAGCCCUGGUUCUACUGGAUGAACCCACUACAGGUAUGGACCCCCACUCCCGACGGUUCCUGUGGACUGCUAUUAUGAGCGUCAUCCAGGACGGGAGGGCCGUGGUUUUGACAUCACACAGCAUGGAGGAGUGUGAAGCUCUGUGCACUCGUUUGGCCAUCAUGGUCAACGGCACCUUCAAAUGUCUGGGGACCAUACAGCACCUCAAAUACAAGUUUGGUGACGGCUACGUGGUGACCAUGAAGGUAAAGGCAGCUAAAGCAGGUGUAUCUCCAGAGCUGGGUCCAGCGGAGAGCUUCAUGGAGAGCAGCUUCCCGGGGUGUGUCCAGAGAGAGAAACACUACAACACUCUGCAGUAUGAGAUCGCCUCCUCCUCACUGGCUAGGAUCUUCCAGCUGGUGGUCGCCAACAAGGACAAACUCAAUAUAGAGGAUUACUCUGUAUCACAGACCACACUAGAUCAGGUGUUUGUGAACUUUGCUAAGCAACAGGCAGGAGAGGAUGAGGACGUUUUACAACCCCGAGCGGUCAACGCGCGCAAUGAAAAACAAAAUGUCCCCACGAAACGCAAGGUCUCCCCCAUCAAGAUAAAAACCAGAAGACAAAAUAAAACUUGA